AGCCAGUGUCCAUCCUGCAAAAUUGGCGAAGCGACAUUCCCCCGGUCCCCAUCGCUACCUAACUUUAACGUAUCCCACCCACCCAUCCUCUUUUCGGUUCUCCAUGUCUCCUACAAGAUCCCUCCUCCUCGCAGUCCUGCUCGUGUUCUGAGUGGAUGUCAUGCAAGAGCUAGGGUACCAAGGCACGCUAUUAGAUUUGACAUGUCCCAGGUGGACAACUUGGGCCGGGAAAAGCCACCCGGUCGCUGGGUUCAUGGGUUGUGAUACCCCAGCGCUUGCGUGACUAGCACCCUCCUCUCCACCCGAUUCUCUUUUUUUUCUGAACCCAUCACAAGUGGCCCAAGCUGCUUCCAGCAUAGUCAUGCCUCAGCAGCAUCCAAUUUCUCGCGGUCCCUUUUUGGGGAAGCAAACUCUGCUGCAGCGCUCGGUCCAGACUGUUUUUGUCCCAAGGGAACUGAGACCAGCCGACCGGGCCCCAUGUCGGCCUUGAGCUCAACUCUGCUCUCCAUCCUCCCCUGGUCUUGUUUAGCCUCUCCCGUGCCCGCCCACCACCUCUCCCAUCAGCCGACAAACCCAGCAAUCGUGGUGAUUCACGCCUCAAACCCUGUGUGGCCUCGCUUCCCAGGCGGCCCUCAAGUUGAAGCUGGUCGUCCGCCGCCUGCUCAGGUGUCGCCGCUAUGGUUCCCCCAUCCUAGCAUCUCCCUGUCUCCGCCAUCCCUUUUUGACAAGCUCUCCUGCGUUUUAGCGACACAGGCGACAGGCCCGUCCAGCCAGCCGGCCGCCAGCUGCCCGCUAAGAACGCCAUGUGCUGCCCCGAGCAAAAGGAUCGCGCCCUCAAAGAUUCCUCAGUCUCUGAAAUCAUCGGUGUACCGCUCUUUUUCACAGCCUGAUCAGACCAUCUUUACCCUCGAACGUACAGUGUCUGGAUUAUCAACACAUUCGUCCCCCCUUCGAACCCUUCCGACCUCCUCGACCUUGCAGGACACGCAUCCGCUGUGACAGAUCUGUCUUCCGGGCUCUGUCCGUCCAUUGUCGAACCUGCGGCCUGUGCAGAUCCUUUUCCCUGAUUGUCCCAGCAAGCCGACACGUCCCCCGAGGCUCCACGACCACUGAGAAAGCGCAAAAAGCCAGCGGCCCCCAGCCAGAAAAACUGAUCAUCACCCAUUAUCGCUCCACCAUCAACACCUCGCUAAACCACAGUCGCACGUCGCGUUUUACUUCACCAUUGAACCAAGCGCAUUUCUUGCUGCGCAUACAAGAUCCAAGACUUUCUGGGUCUGAUCUCGGUACCCGCGCAUCUUCCAAAUCCAAUUUAGCACAACGCAUGACGAUAGAGCGGGAACAGCGAACCAGCCGCAGUACUCUCGUGUAAAAUCAGAGCUGAUCAGCCUCCUGACAGUCUUUCAAUACUCCUGCCAGAAGUUAGCCCAAGAGUGUGCGGGAUUCGUGAGACAUCGGCCUGUCUCCUAACGCAUCAUUGUGGCUGCGCCGUGGUCCUUUUUGACUUCACCUUGUAGCGAUCGCGCGUUGAACCACCAUCGAUAGCAACUCUGGCGUCCGUGGCGGUACCACUUCCAAUGGGGACAUCCCUCGAUGCCCUCAAUGCGCCGGCGAGCCUAACCCAGCGCAGGCAGGCAGCGUCGAAUCUGCCCGCGUUCGAGCUGCCACCUCCACAGAACCUCCAGUUUACUGCGAUACCGACCCAGAAGAUCCCUCCUCUGUCUGGCAUCAAUACCUCACAUGCCGGUGCUGGAGCCCUUGGGUUGGGCCAGCUGCUCACUCCCCCGUCCAACUCAGCAUCGGAAGGAAGCGCAACUUCAUCCGCCAUUCCCACCUCUACCACCCCGAACAGUGCCGCAGUUCCAGUCCUCCCAUAUACACCUACCUUCUUCAACACUGGCACCACACCAACUGGGUAUAAUACUGGUUUCAGCCCGCAGCCCUGGCAGCAUCCCAAUGGUCUGAUGCCUCCGCGCUCCAUGUUCUCCCCGAUCGGGGGGCCGUCAAUGAGGAAUAGCACGCACUCACCUACCGCUGCAGAAGCUUCAGCAUUGCCUCCUCCGCCAUAUGACCUGAACUCGGUGCAGCCAUAUGGAGCGCAUCUCUCGAUUUCUUCUCCCACGAAUCCGAGCAACUCUUCGCACCAGCAUGUCUUCUCGUCUCUGCAGAAUGGACUUCGACCACCGAGUCAACAAUCACCCAUAUCCCCAGCCGACGGCGUUAGCAAAGCAUCUCCUAAUCCUGGAUUAUACACCAGUGUGACCAGCUCAGCUCCUCAUCCCUCUGCUUAUGCCUAUACAGCUCACACCCCUGUUUCUCAUAGCCCGCACCCGCAGCCACUGUCGGCGCCGCGGAUAUCGCCCACUCUCCAUCAAGGACCGCUUCCGCCGCAUUCGCAGGGCUCGUUUAUGCGGCCACCAGCUCCUUCCUACUCCCUGCCAGCUAUGCCCGGUCCGAUUAUGUCGAAUGUGCACAGUCCCGGAGCACAAAUGGCGAUGGUGGGCAACAUACAGGCGAAUAUGCUUCCAGUAGGCUUUAACAGUGGCUACGCUGCCAACCCGCAAGCCAUGUACGGUCAGCACCGGACAAGCACCCCACAACAGCCUCCGAACCAUGAUCGGCCCUUCAAGUGCGACCAGUGUCCCCAAAGCUUCAACCGGAAUCACGACCUGAAGAGGCACAAGCGAAUCCACCUCGCGGUAAAGCCUUUCCCUUGCGGUCACUGUGAUAAGAGCUUUUCGCGCAAGGAUGCGCUCAAAAGGCACAUUUUGGUCAAGGGCUGUGGCAGCGGCUCUGCUACUGACGGUGGUUCUCGAGAUGAUCAGGCGAAGUCGGAGUCUGGCAGCGACGGGGUGAGCGGAAGCCCCGCGGCGGCAACAGCAGCAUGAACGAUGAACGACCACCUUACGCAAAGGUACCAGUACCUUGUUCCAUAUUCCUCGCCCAGCAAAUGUACAAUACUGCCCACUGCACCAGUCUAUAAUGUUCUUUUUUGGAAUUCUAUGAUACCUUGCGCAUGAUUUGCUUAAUGUCGGUUCCCAGUGACUGGCGGCUCGAGAGCGUGGUGGGAUUUAUUUUUUGGGAACCGGGAUGUCACAUCCCACUGUUAUUCUAUACCCCAGGGACAUGGGUCGACAGGACGUACGAUUGAGACUUUUGGAUAUUUGCAAGGCGCUUGAAUGACGGAUGGCAAACUCAGAGACCAGGAUGAGCGUUAUUUGGACACAGGAAGAGCCACGCUACCAGUUAUAAUGAAGCUGAUUUGUGUCGAGAUGGAAUAAAACUGCUUUGCGACCACCGAGAACCGACUGAAUACUAGUAAUGCGGGUGGCUCCCCGACUGGCGUUCUCUUGAUGAGGGUUCAAUGUAGGGUCAUGGCAGUGGUCCGCAGAGAGGCGACACCGCCAAAAGCCAUAAGCCAUAACUGUAGACAUUGGCCUCCACGAACCCUGUAGCCGUGCGCAUGUGGCUUGA